GAGCGCCAAUUCUUGAACGAGUUGCGUUGAGUUUCAAAUGGAAACAGACAACGAUAAGACGUCAGAAUCUUUUGGUUUUCGUCAAGAAAUUAUUUCCUCUCUCUUGCAACGACGCUUUCAGUAUCAAACCAAACUAAGAGAUGACGGUCUAAAAGCAGUAACUGAAUAUCUUCGAAUUAUUACAAAAGAGGCUAUUGAACGUGCAGUCGAAGAAGCUCAUAAAGAUUCUUGUGAUGCUGUUCAAUUGAGACAUAUUGAGAAAGUGGUACCAGAGUGGUUAUUAGACCACUAAGAGAAGAAAGUUUAGUAAUUUUGGCUGUUAUUCAUGAUAUAAAGAAUAGCUACAGAAAUAGUGCUAACCAACGAAGACUCGAAACCAAAAUGAAGAAACAGAGCAUUAUUUCA